AUGUCAUCAUUUAACGAAGUGGAAUCAGAUUCAAGCGAAGAUGUGGAUAGCUGGAUUUCGCUUUUCUGUUCGAUGUUUGGACACGAUUACUUUGUUGAAGUAGCACCAGAAUUCAUAGAAGACGACUUCAACCUUACAGGUUUAAGCUUGAUUGUACCAUUUUUUCGGGACGCACUGGAUGUGAUAUUAGACUUAGAACCUGAGAUACCUAUAAAGCCAGCUAAUGUUCCGUUGGUGGAGCAUGCUGCGGAGUUAUUAUACGGGCUUAUUCAUGCCCGUUACAUUUUAACAAAGCCUGGCCUGAGGGCCAUGGCCGAGAAGUAUGAGGAUAACUGUUUUGGGUCAUGUCCUCGGUACUAUUGUCAGGGAAUGCAUUUACUACCCAUAGGAAGAUAUGAUCAGCCUGGAAUUGAAACAGUACGCCUAUAUUGUCCCAACUGUAACGAUAUUUACCUACCAUCAUCAUCACGAUACUUGAAUAUAGAUGGGGCGUUCUUUGGCACUUCAUUUGCUGGAAUGUUCAUGAAGCUGUUUCCUGAAAUUCAGCGGCAGUGCUACGAGAGAACGAAGAAGCAGUUUGAAUUGAAGCUUUUUGGAUUCAAAUUGAACGAGAGAGCACCAGGAGGACCGAGAAUGAAGUGGCUGAGGCAGUAUCCACAGGCGAAAGAAGAGAUAGAGGAAUAUAAGAAGUGUGAGUUCAGCAUAGUUGGUACCAACGAGAAGAUUGUUGAAGCAGGAGGACAAGAGGAAGGAGAAGAAGAAGAAGAAGAGGAAGAGGAAGAGGCUCGAAUGGAUGAAGACAGUCACGAGGAAGCCAAAGCCAGUGCGGGGGAAAGUAUGAUGAGUAUAGCCAAGGACUGA